AUGACCAGCAGCUUUCAGUUCCAUCUGCUGCGUGUGUCCAUUGCGCAACUUCUCAAGGCACACGGCUUUGACAGAUGCAACAACCGGGCUCUUGAUCUUCUCACUGACCUUUACGUGAGGUAUUUCCAACUCCUCCUUCAAACAGUCACGAAAUACACAGAAGCAAGAAACGACAUAGAACCCAAUGUCCAGGACAUUUCGAACGCAUUUCUGGAGUUGCGGCUAAUAUCUCCCGCACGACGUCUGGAUGCGCGCGAUUCGGACAGAUUGGUCAACCAGGGACUUGAUAAUUUCCUGUACUGGGUCCACAGCGACACAAACACAAGAAUGCGCCAGGCAGCUCGUCCUAACCGCGAGUUUCUGCAAGAACUGGAGGAGCUUCGAAACUCGAAGGACAUACAUACAAAGAUGAACAGUUUGACGGCCGCUUUGGGCCAGUCUGCGCCGGGACUGGGUCGUCAGGCCGGCGAGUCUGCAAACGGAGAGCCUGCAGCAGCAGACCCAGGAUUGGAUCAAGACGGGGCCCGUCUCGACCCGGACUGGAUCCGUUUUGUACUACGUGGACAGCUGACCGACAAACCAGACUCAAAAUUCAAAGGCUCGGUUCUGGACCAAUACGUGCCGUCAGACCUACAACAGCCAUCACAAUCGCCGUUUAACGACCAUGUCGUGUCGGGACCGACACCAGACAAUCUCGCAGAGUAUCUACCGUACGCACAGGACUCCACGAAGGAGGAAUUAGAUGAUAUAUAA